AUGCCUGGGUUGGCGAGUGAGUUGAGAACUUUGGUUGAAGGACGAAGAGGGAUUAAAACUACAAAAAAGCUGAUUACGUGGCUGCAGAAAAGGGAGCUAUUAAUGAAAAAAGUGAAAUGCAAGCUGUGCAACCACAAGAUGAAACUGGAGGACAACAUUGCAUGCCUGGACAAAUGCGAAUGGGUAUGCCGACGUAGGGCUAAGCACGAAGACCGAAAAGUUACCAGGAGAUCCAUCAGGCACCACUCCCUUUUCAGCCGGUCCAAGGUGUGCCUCUUCAAUUGGAUGAGGUUCAUACACAGAUUUGCCCAAGGCCUAAGAUUGAGGCAAGUCGACCUCAUCAGUGAUGACAUCGCCGGCAGCUCAAAGACUUUGACAAGCAUGUCAAAGCGACUAAGAAAGGUCUGCAUAGCAGCGAUAGAGAGGCUGAGAAGGAGAGGCGGACAACGGCUAGGAGGCAGAAGGGAGUUUGUCGCAAUCGAUGAAAGCCACUUCCGACAUAAACGAAAAUAUCAGCGUGGCCGUGUCGCACCUACAUGGAGGAGAAGGAAGUGGGUGUUUGGCAUGCUGGGGGUUAGGGACAAAAGGCGCCGGCCUGUCCUUUGCCUGGUGCCACAGAGGAGCAGGCAAGAGCUCAUACCAAUCAUCCUUAAACACGUCAGGAGAGGUACCUCCAUCCUCAGUGAUGAGUGGAGGCCCUACCGUGUGCUUAAUGUUUUGGGAUAUAAGCACUACACUGUGAAUCACAGUGUCUCAUUUGUGAAUGACACAAAUGGCUGCCACACGCAGCAUAUAGAGCGUGCCUGGAGAACCUAUAAAGAGACCAUUGGUCGCCAAAGAGGCAACAGGACCGAAGAGCUUCUCACCCAGCACCUGACCCUCAUUGAGUGGACCGAGUGGUUGGGCCGGAAGCACCGCAAUGGGCCACUCGGUCGCCUUCUCCAUGAUAUAAAGAUGUACCAUUAAUUCUGUUGUUCCCUGUCCUCUUAUAGUUCAGAGUUCCUGGUUUUGUUUGUUUUGUUUUGUUUUAGUUUUAGUUUUUGUUAGUUAAUGUGAAUGAACUCAGUUUUUUUUGGCAAUAAAAGUUUUUCUUACAAUGUCUGAUAGCACUGCAAGUCAGCGAAUGGCUUAAUGGAAGGUGUCAUUUCGAUUUCAACUUCAACUUCGAUUUCAUUGUGUGCACUUGAGUGCUAUUGAGUGCUGUGUUUGGGCUGUUGCCUUGAAUCUGUUGAUGUGUUUUUAAGUGUUUUACGUAAAAGAACCUGUUUUAAUGAAGAACACCGUGUCUGUUUCUGUAAUCCAUAGGCAUACCUUCUUUUCUAUUUUGA